AACUGAAAACGUGCUCUAAAAGAGACAAGUUUUGCUUUACUUAUUUUAAUUAUUUUUAUUUUUAUUUUAUUUUAUUUUAUCCAUCUUUUGUUUUGGGUUUUGGUUUCUGUUUUAUGUGCCAAUCUUUGCUAGAAUUUUCGCGUGCGAGUUGGAGAAAGUGGGGGAAGAAGCUACAAGCAGAAGAAAUCAGCUUUGUGAUGGGAAUAAGAGCAGAACAAGAGAGAUGACAUGGUGCAAUAUCGACGAUGAUAGAGCUCUACAGUUAGUUACAGCAGCCGCCAGUACUAAAGAAACCGCCUCCGUUUCCGACACCAAAACUAUAUUCCGAAUCAUUAUUUGCCCUUCCUGUGGCCAUAACAUUCCCUACCAAGAUCAGGCGGGAAUCCAUGAUUUGCCGGGGUUACGCGGGGUGAAGUUUGAUCCAACUGACCAGAAAUUAGAGCAUUUAGAGCAAAGGUAUAUCUAUAUGCGCAAGCUUCAGUUGAUUGAUGAGUUUAUUCCAACGCUGGAGGGAGAAAAUGGGAUUUGCUACACUCAUCCAGAGAGGCUGCCAGGAGUGAGCAAAGAUGGGCAAAUUCGACACUUCUUUCAUCGGCCCUCCAAGGCAUACACAACCGGGACUAGGAAGAGAAGAAAAGUUCACACGGAUGAAGAUGGAAGCGAAACAAGGUGGCAUAAAACAGGCAAGACCAGACCAGUUUUGGUUGGUGGGGCAGUGAAGGGUUUCAAAAAGAUUUUAGUACUCUACACCAAUUACGGCAGACAAAGGAAGCCUGAGAAGACCAACUGGGUGAUGCAUCAAUAUCACCUUGGCAACAAUGAAGAAGAGAAAGAUGGGGAGCUAGUGGCUUCAAAAGUAUUUUACCAAACUCAACCUAGACAAUGCGGUCCAAGUAGUGUUAAGGAUGCACUUAAUAGAAAGUUGAAAAAUCGAAGCCGGCAUGACCAAAGUCCUAUACCUAAGAGUAGCAGCACGGCUCUUGUUCAUGAGUAUUUCAAUCCACCUUUUAUCCCAUUCGACCAUGGGAGCCAUAAUAGAGAAAGCCCACCUCCACUAAUUCCAAAUUUGGUUGUUCAAGGUGAUGGAUCUUCCUUCAUUCGAUUAGCCUCUGAUACAAGCAAAGGGAGACUUGAAAGAAAAUUAUAGGAAUGGGAGGAUCGAUCAGCAUUUGGUAGAGCAGCUACGACAAGGACUUAUUUGGUUGGUGCUGUUGCUGUUGCUCUGUAAUAGUCAAAUAAAUUAUUGGAUUGUGAUUUUGCAUGAGGAAGGAGGGAAUGAAGAAUAAGGUGGGAAUGGCUUCUUUUCUUAAAAGAUAAAAGAGUCAGAUGCUUUGGAAGAUUUGCCCAUGACCACGCUAGCUCUUGAGCAAAGGACCAGGCAAGGGAGCAGCUGGUGCCCUAUUUGUAUACCCAUUUCCGUAAUAUUUAUUUAUAUUUAUAUUUUUUUGACCAUAUUCUAUCCAUUUAUAAGGUUUGAUGACAUUUAUAAAUUUAUAGUAGGAUUGUACAAAGAUAUGACUCCUAUAAACUUCUGCUAGUAGUCCUAUAGAUCUUAGUUUUAUUUA